AUGAUCGAAACUAGUGGUUCGGAGCAUGCUGCACGGUCAUUUGCAGGUUCUUUCGCUAUUCAAAGACUGCUAGGCUUGGAUGAUUCGCAACAUCUUUCCUCUGGAGGAAAACAGAUCUCACAAAUAGCACCAGAAUUCGUAAAAGCAAAGCGUGAUGAACCAGAAACCUUGGGAAAACAUGGGAACACAACGGAGUCACGGAUGGAGCAAAUAGUGCACCCUCCGUCAUCUUGCAUGACUGCUUCUCAUAAACUCUUACGUUCAAACCACUUUUGGCUCAGAUCAAGCAAUGUGUUAGAUGAAUCGAGCCCUCCAGUGUUAAGUCCCGAAUGGAUGCGCAAGCUGGUGACAACCUACGCAUCCUACACUGCCCUAACUUGUGAAAGCCCCAGUUCCUUUGCAGCAACGACCGAUGAGUGCCAGCUUGACACUAUCAACCGCUUCCUUUACGAGGCACCCCAUUCGAGCAUCUGCCAGUAUCAACAUCCGGCUUUUCGUGGACUAUCGUAUUGCCCUCAGUCGGUAAAUGACGUAUCCUUGCCAGAUGACUUUCGCAACAGAUCACCACAGAUGUGCAAUUCCAUCUGUCAACCUGCCUACAGUGUAUCAGAACGCCCCCUCAUGCAUCCUCCAUUAAGAACUAAACAAGAGGAAACGCUUCACCAAGAUUCCCAAGUAUCCAAAGAUACCUCCCAUGUAACGCAUGAACGCGCACAAUCAAGUACUCAGGAUCAAAUACCCCCUACCCAAACGGUUAACGGUCCAAAGAAAGUCUGCAAAGAAGCAAUUCAGUCAGGAUCCUUACGAUCUUCACCACAUUCCGAAUCGCAAGUACCUUCCAGGCACUAUGGAAGCAUUUCACUUGAACUUGAACUGGAGCCCCAAGCCUCCAAACGAAGACGACACAGGACCAUAUUUACUAAUGCCCAGCUGGAGAAGCUAGAACAUGCGUUUCACGAGGCCCAUUAUCCCGAUGUGUACCAACGCGAGAUGCUUUCCAUCAAAGCAGACUUACCUGAGGAUAGAAUACAGGUGUGGUUCCAGAAUCGUCGUGCGAAAUGGAGAAAAACCGAGAAAACCUGGGGUAAAAGUAGCAUAAUGGCUGAAUAUGGGUUGUACGGUGCCAUGGUUCGGCACUCACUGCCCCUACCGAAAACAAUACUAAAGUCUGCUAUAGAUAACAACGACGAAUCCUGCGCUCCUUGGUUGUUAGGGAUGCAUCGAAAAUCAGCUGGCACACCAAGUUGCAAGGAAGAACGCGAUGCACAGAACAGGGACGAUUUGCGAAGUGGUUGUGAUAACGCAACUGCAAAUCAGUCCGUUGAGCACCUGGCAAUUCGCCCAACUACCGACCCAGGAGCAGAGACAGAGUUGCAUGGAGCAACUUCAGAAACUACUGAUCCAUGGAGUGUGGCACGGUAA